AAUGAGGUAGGAUAAAUAAGCGGAGCUAAGCGGGAUUUUAGGGUUUCUUCUGUCGUCAGAUUCUUCGUCUCGCUGAUCUUCUACUCAUCUCUAACGCCAUGACUGCUCAAACCCAGGAAGAGCUUCUCGCCGCUCAGCUUGAGGAACAAAAGAUUAAUUCUGAUGAACCUGUAAUUGAGGAGGACGUUGAUGACGAGGAUGAUGACGAAGAUGAUGACAAGGAUGAGGAUGAUGCUGAAGGACACGGAGAGGCCAGUGGCAGGUCUAAGCAAAGCAGAAGUGAAAAAAAGAGUCGUAAAGCAAUGCUGAAACUUGGAAUGAAGCCAAUUCCCGGUGUGAGCCGCGUCACAGUCAAGAAGAGCAAAAAUAUUCUUUUUGUCAUUUCGAAACCAGAUGUCUUCAAGAGUCCCACUUCAGAUACCUACAUUGUUUUCGGGGAAGCAAAGAUUGAAGAUUUGAGCUCCCAGCUACAGACCCAGGCUGCAGAGCAGUUCAAGGCUCCUAAUUUGAGUAAUUUGACAUCAAAGCCUGAACCAUCGACCGUGGCUCAAGAUGAUGAAGUUGUCGAUGAGACCGGGGUUGAUGCCAAGGACAUUGAACUAGUGAUGACUCAAGCUGGCGUAUCAAGACCAAAGGCUGUGAAAGCACUCAAAGCAACUGAUGGCGAUAUCGUAUCUGCUAUAAUGGAACUUACAAAUUAAUAAGAAGUAUCAGGAGGUUGUUUUAAUAGGGAGUGGUUGGAAUCUUUUUGCCUUCCUUUUUCAUAUGUUUUACCCGCAGAAUUUGAAGUUGAGAGAUUUGAAUGUUCUGUAAACUCGGUUUUUGUAUCACCCUGUGUUGAUUAUUAGCAGCUAUUUACUAUUUCUUUCA